GUUAUUUCAAUAGUGGUUGCAACAGUUGGCAUGGAAUGUCCGGAGAAUGAAACAUCUUGGACACAAAGAUCAAGAACAAUCUGUAACAAUACUGGAAAUCUUGUUUAUCAUUGUCUCCCUACAAACAAUUUGAAUGACACGAUAGAGGACUGCUUCACUCCAAUAACAAUUCAGCCAGAUCAUUGUGCAGUUUACUAUACAGUCACAAAAGAUGUUUCUUUUGACCCACGAAAAAAUUGUACAAAUAUGUUUCCCGAAACGUGUCCAAAAGGAGUGUAUCAGUCGAGCGAACUUUAUAGAUGGCCGUCAUGUUUAGAGAUAAAUCCUUACCAGCUUUGCUACCUGGCUGAAUCUACCUGUCCAGAUAUACAAAGGUAAAUAUACAUUUACAUAGGAGGAGAGUAAUCGGAGACGAGUUUUAAAUUCUUUUGUUGAUA